AAACAAUAGACUAGAGCGAGAAGCAAGAGAGAGACAGAUAGAGAGAAAGAGAGAGAGAGAGAGAGAGAGGAUGAAGGAAGGGGGGCACUUUACUACUUUUUUAUGUUGCACGCAUCCAUGGCAGAAAACACAAGGCAGACAGAGUACUACUUCUUCAUGGGCUAAAAGAGAGAAAGAAAGAAGAAGAAUACUUCAAACCCUUCAUUUUCAUCUCCACAAUCUCCCCUCCAACACACCCCUCCCCCAUUUACAAGUGUAGCUUUCCAAGUUUUUGAUUAUUGUGGGAGAAUUCACCCCAAAGAUCGCUAGCUGGUUAAGGGAAAAAAGAAAAUAGUUGGGGGUCUUCUGAGUAUAUACAUACAUGCAUGUAUAUACUUGUAUAUAUCUUUGAGUUCCCUGCAUUUGGGAAGUAUUCCUGUCGUGGCUUCGUGUUAUAGACUUUGUACUGGUGGGUUGUUUGUCUGUUCAAUCUCUCUUUCUCUUUUUUUUUUGGGGGUUGAAGCUGGAGGUAUUAAAGAAAGUUGUGGAGUUUUGGGGAUUUGGUUCUUAGAUGAAGGGGAUGCCCUUACCCUUUGAUUUUGAGGGGAAGGGGGUGUUAGAUUUAGAGCUGAUUGUAAAGAACAAAAGUUUCAUUGCAGAUAGUAGUGCAGCAGUUUCGUCUUAUUUUUCCAAGAAAAAUUGCUUUUUGAAUAAUAGCUUUGGUGAGCCUACUUCUGUCCUGGAUUCUGCAAGAAUUUCCAGCAGACCUACAUCUUCCUCAACCCUGUCUUCAUCUCACGGCGGCGGCGGCGGAAGCACCGGCGGUGGGGGUGGUGCUGCUUCUACCGACACGGCCGGGGUGGCGGCUGUUUCGGACACGAAUCCUUCUCCCAAAUGGCAGCAAGACUCUACGACUGCCACCAGCUCAAAUGCUGGAGGAGCUAAUUCCGAGCUCCUUCCUAUUCCUCCGUCUCUUGAGAUCGGAACUGCCGGUGGGGGAAGCGGAGGAAACGGGGAGAAAUUUGCUAUGGAAGAUUGGGAGAGCGUGUUAUCGGAAUCUGUCGCCGUGUCUCCUAGCCAAGAACAAUCCAUUCUCCGGUGGAUCAUGGGGGAUGUGGAAGACCCUGCAAUGGGAAGUCUCAACAAGGUUCUCCAAAUUGGCGGCGGCGCUGGCGGUGUUUCUGCUGCGGCGGAGUUUGAGUUUAGUGGUGGGUUUGGGGUUGGGGAUCAAGGUUUCGGCGGAGACCAAUAUGGUACUGCGUUCAUGCCCACAGUUCCAAGUUUCCCCAACAACAAUAGAUCCAGCGCUGAAAAGAUUGGUCUGGCUUCCAAUCCCAUAUCUUCAAAUCUGCCCACUAAUUUCAAGUUUCCUCCUAACUCUCAGAAUAUUACGCAUCCGUCUUCACUGUCCAAUAAUCUUGACGCUAUUGCUCUUCAUCAUCAGAAUUCAUUUGAUUCUUCAGCAGAAAUGAGGCCUCCCAUUUUCAAUUCACAGCUGCUAAUAAACCAGCAGCAAACUCAGCAGGCUCAGAACCCGUCGUUUUUCUUUCCUUUGUCAUAUGCGCAACAGCAAGAGCAGAAUCUUCUCAUGCCGCCUCAGGCUAAAAGGCACAACUCCGGCGGGCCAGUGAGCGGAGGCCUUGAGCCUGGCAGUCAGAUUUCCAAAGGGUCUUUUGCUGAUACUGCGGAACAGGAACUGUUUAUGGGAAGACAACAAUUGCAUCUCCAGCAGCAACCACUUCCUCAUCAGCUUCAUUUGCUCCCACAUUAUAUGCAGCAAAGGCCAAUGGGGCCGGGACAGAAGCCGAAAAUAGGUGGUGGGGAUGAAUUAGGACAUUGCCAUCAACAGCAACAACAACAACAGGCGAUAGUUGACCAGCUGUACAAGGCCGCAGAGCUGGUUCAGACAGGGAAUCCAGUUCUCGCGCAAGGGAUAUUGGCGCGGCUCAAUCACCAGCUCUCUCCAAUUGGUAAGCCUUUCCAUAGGGCUGCUUUCUAUUGCAAGGAGGCAUUGCAAUUGCUUCUCCACACUAACAACAAUAACGUGAAUCCCUCUACGGCCAGUUCGUCGCCUUUUAGCCUCAUUUUCAAGAUUGGUGCCUAUAAGUCUUUCUCUGAGAUCUCACCCCUCAUACAAUUUGCCAAUUUUACAUGCAAUCAAGCCUUACUUGAAGUCUUGGAAGGAUUUGAUAGAAUUCAUAUUGUGGAUUUUGAUAUUGGGUUUGGUGGGCAAUGGGCCUCUCUUAUGCAGGAGCUCGCGUUAAGGAGUGGGGGCGCUCCUUCGCUGAAAAUCACUGCACUGGCCUCUCCCUCAACCCAUGAUCAGCUAGAACUCGGGCUCACUCGAGAAAACCUAAUCCAGUUUGCUAGUGAAAUCAAUAUUGCAUUUGAGUUUGAGGCUAUGAGCAUUGAUUCUUUAGAUUCUGGUUCAUGGUCUCUGCCUUUUCAUGCAUCAGAGAAUGAGGCGGUUGCCGUGAAUCUCCCAAUUGUUUCGCUUGCCAAUUGUCAAUUGUCAGUGCCAUUGGUUCUUCGCUUUGUCAAGCAGUUGUCACCAAGAAUCGUUGUUUCUGUGGACAGAGGAUGUGAUAGGACCGACCUUCCAUUUGCCAACCAUAUAAUUCAUGCCCUUCAUUCACAUUCUAACCUGCUCGAGUCUCUUGAUGCCGUUAAUGUGAAUAUGGAUUCACUGCAAAAGAUUGAGAGGUUCUUGCUCCAACCAGGAAUUGAAAAAAUCGUGAUGGGUCGUUUCCAUUCUCCUGAAAAAACACAGCACUGGAGGUCUCUGUUUUUGUCAUCUGGGUUUUCCCCUGUAACGUUUAGCAAUUUCACUGAAUCACAAGCUGAAUGUGUUGUGAAGAGGACUCCCGUUCGAGGGUUCCAGGUAGAGAAGAGGCAAUCUUCUCUCGUACUUUGCUGGCAAAGGAAGGAGCUGAUCUCUGCAUCAGCUUGGAGAUGCUAAAACUUCGUGGAACUCUCAACCCACCCUAAUCAAGAAGGUGCCUCCAAGUCACAAACUUACUGCCUAAAUCCCAUGAACUUAUGAAAUUUACAUGCCUGAGUUUCUCCUUCUGCUAAUUUUCUAUGUGGCUCGGGCUGAUUGUUUCCAAAUUUCAAAAGAACCUGGCACAUUUUAGUACUGGAUGUUCUAAUAUAGUAAUCUUAUUCAGUGUCUUAUGUUGAUGGAAUCAUAGUCUUUUCGUGAUGUCAUGCUUUUCUGCUGAAAAGCAUCAGUGGGUUCUAAUUGUUGUUUGUAACCAUACGCUGGACAGUAUUGUUAAACCAGGAAUGGGAAAACAAAAGAAUUUAACCCAUUUGACCGAUUCUUUGAUUUUGUGCUGUGGAUGGAAGAGGACAGGACUGCAAAUUAUUACAAUCCCUCGAUUGUUAGUAUAACUUUUUUCAUGAA